CUCUCUCUGCCCCCGUCUCUCUCUCUCUGCCUGUCUCUGUCUCACUCGGUCGUGUCAGAGUGGGAAUCAUGUCCCGGAGGAAACAACCCAAACCGCAGCACAUCCACACUGAUGGUUUGUCUCUGCACAGACGCUCUGAAGAUGCGGAGCCUCCUGCAGUGGAUCACUUUGCUCAUGUCUGCAGCCGAUGCUGUGCUGAGUUUACUGCGCUAACAGGCCUGGAGCGACAUCGCAGCGACUGCUCCGCAAACCCUCCGGUUCUGAUUGUGAACGAGGAUGAAGAUCUGCUGUCCGGCAGCAACAUUUUUCCUGCUUCAUCACCAGCCAGCCGGAAGCCGUGUGAAACAGCUAAUAACUCUGAGAUGGAAGACGUGAACGCAUCACGGGACAGAUCCUACUCAAAUGCAGAAUCCAUGGAUUGUUGUAGCAGCAGAAGUAGCCGCAGAAGCGUGGGAAGCCCAGGGAGCACGAGCAGUAACCAGAGCAUCACUGGCACUCAGUGUGAGGCUGUCCGUUGGACCUCGGUUUUCCCAGAACCUGAACCCGGCCGCUCAGCUGAGAAUCUUGAGAGCCCUGAAGUGGCCGUGGCUCAGCUUUCGAAGUCGCCGCACUCGGAGAGCUGCCACAGUGAGGCCGACAUCUCGUCUCUGCUGCAGCAGCUCCUCGCUCUGCAAAUACAACAAAUCCACCAGCUGCAGCUAAUUGAUCAAAUCCGUCACCAGGUUCUGUUGUUUGCUUCUCACCAAGCUGAGACACAAGAGACUGUGGUGAUCUACACCAAAGACCUGUCAUCUCCAAAAUCCACCAAUCAGCUCAAGGCUCUCAGUGCUCAUCAGCAACUCACUGCAGCUGCUGGCACAGCCAAACGUUUAUCAACUCGGUCUGCUAACAUAAGUAACUGUGAGCAUUUUACAGCCACAGAGCAGCCAAACCAAAGUCAGCCUGAUAGCAAAGAUGUGCCAUCAAGCUCAGAGUCCUCACAAACUUUUAGGAAGCUCACGACAACAGCAGUUCACAAGCGUGUUUCCAAAAACCAGCAUCUGAGCCGUGGUGCUUCUGACUCCCCACUUAACUUCUUAUCCCAAACCAAGAUGUCCUCUUUGAUGUUUAGCAAUAAUUGCUUCAUCAGUCAGACUUCUGAGACCUCCAGUUUACCGAAACCUUCAUCAGACUGUGUGCCAAACAUCAGUGAGAUCGUGGAGGAUCUGGACGCCCUGACAGCUUUGGCUCGGAAAAUGAAAUGCAAGAAUCUGAAGCUUUCUGCAGCCACCCGGUCAUCGAAAGGGUCUCUCUUCCAAUGCAGAUUUUGCACCAAAGCUUUUGGGAGCAGCAGUGCCUUGCAAAUUCACCUGCGAUCGCACACUGGAGAACGGCCAUACAAAUGCAACAUCUGUGGGAACGGCUUCUCCACACGAGGGAACCUAAAGGUUCAUUUUCAGCGGCACACAGAGAAGCACCCGCUCAUCCAGGUGAACAUGCUUCCAAAGCACCUGGAUAAUAUCCAAAAAACUGCUGAGAUUCCUCUUGACACGAAUUUGUCACCAAAGAAGGCAGCUGCAAGAUGGCUCAACAGGUCUCCACUCCCAACGACAGGAACCUCCGGGUCCCUGGAGGAGUCAGACUCCAUCGACCUGUCCUCUCUCAUCAAAAAAGAGGAAAACUUUAUCUCAGUAGCCAUUAAUACAACACCAUGCAUGGAGCUCAGGUCAAAGGCAAACCUGACAAAGACCUCUGAUUCAGAUUGGACCAGUCAACAUGUGAAACCAUCUUUUGACUUCCUGUCCACAACAAUGGCCACAAAGUCAGAGGAAUCAAUCAGUGUCAUACCCAACCCAUACAUCCUUCCCAAAUCUACCUCACUGUCAGGAUUCCUUUCAUUAAAACGCUCUAACAAGCCCAAACUCACCGCUGACAAAAGAGUGCCAGACCCAAAUGAGUGUGCCAUCUGCCAUCGUGUACUCAGCUGUCAAAGCGCCCUGAGGAUGCACUUUCGCACACAUACAGGUGAGCGUCCGUACCAGUGUGAACUGUGUGGCCGAGCUUUCACGACCAAAGGAAACCUGAAGACCCACCAGGCUGUUCACCGUGCCACAGUCCCGUUAAGAGGACAACACUCCUGCCCCAUCUGCCACAGGAAGUUCACCAAUGCUGUAGUCUUGCAGCAACAUGUGCACAUGCACAUGGAAGGUCACUUUCCCAGCACAGACCUCACAAAUCAGAAAUACUCAGUGGAUUGUAAUGAAGCAUUUGGGGACAAAACUAAACUGAAUCAAAGAAAAAACGUUCCUGAGGACGGAGGCUUUCGUGACAGCUCAUUACGUGGAUUCAAAUCCCUGUCCAUCCAUUUGUCCCCAUCUCCGUUUGCUAAAAAUCUAAUUGAUGCUAACAAGAAGACAGGUUUCUAUGGGCUGCAUGGGGAGCUGCAGCUCAAACGGAUUAAAACAGAGAGGCCAGAGGGAUCAAAUGAGGAAUGCAGUCAAACAAACAACCAACAGGCUGCUGACAGCAGCCAGCGGUGGGACACUUUGUCCAUGUCUGGCAGUCCAGCUCCUGAGCAGGCUCCUAAAGGCCAAGCCUCCGUGUACUUUAAAACUGCAAGGCUUGACCAACCAUUCCAGACUUGGCUUGACUCGACCACUUUAGCUCUUCAUUCAUCUGCUACAGCAUCCGGUGACCCGACCACCACAGGAGAUCCUCCCAGCCUGAGUCACAGUGUCAGAGAAAAGGCUUUCUGGAGGAACACUUACUGUGAUGUUUGUGGGAAGAACUUUGCCUGUCAGAGUGCUCUGGAUAUUCACUAUCGAAGCCACACUAAGGAGAGACCGUUUAUCUGCAUGACAUGCAGCAGAGGCUUUUCCACAAAGGGGAAUCUCAAGCAACACAUGCUCACACAUCAAAUGAGGGACUUCCCACCACACCUCUUUGAACCCUCCAAUCCUGACCGAGCACCCACCAAUGAAGGCUCCUUGUUGCCUGUUGGUUCCCAAGCUGUAACGGCAGAGAUGACUACUUUCCUGAGCUCCUCUUUCAGGAAUGGCUCUGAUCUUUCUGGUUGUUCACAGAGCUCCUCUGUUUCUGAGUCCCCUCUGUGUGCUGUUGCACCACAUCGCCGGAUGCCCAAACAGCACCACUGCAAGACUUGUGGGAAGAGCUUCUCCUCCUCCAGUGCUCUGCAGAUCCACGAGAGGACCCACACCGGGGAGAGGCCCUUCGCCUGCGCCGUCUGUGGACGGGCUUUUACUACCAAAGGAAAUCUAAAGGUCCACAUGGGAACUCACAUGUGGAACAGCGCCCCCAGCAGGAGGGGCCGCAGACCGUCGGCGGGGUUUGGGACUCGUCCCCUUAAACCUCCUGAGUCGUCGGCGACGCUUUCCUACUGCAGAAAGUCGGUCCACCCCUGGAACCAAAGUCCAGGAGGCGUGAAGAUGAGCGAAUGCUUGGUGAGUGGAGGGACGUCCUUCCCCUCAGGACACGUGGGACUGAAGAAGACGCCUGUCCACAGCAGCGAGCCUCCAGCUGCUAACAGUUAAAGAGCCUCACUGCCAAUUCGCUGAUUGGUGGAACAAAAUGAAGGCUGAAUUGUUUAUUUGUACUUUGCAACUUGUUCUGCUCUGUCGCUGCACUUUUUAAAAUGCAUUUAAAUGUUACGAUAUCAAAUAUAAAGCUGUGGUGCUGUGUGAGAUUACAGCUGACGUACAUGUUCCACAUGGCAGUGAGAAGUAUGUUAUCAUGUCCAACAGACUUAAAUAUGCUGAUUAUUGUGAUUGCAGGUCUACCAUUUAUCUUUGUUUUUAAGUCUUACAUAACAAACGUAACAGAGUUAUGCUUUGUUGUUUGGAUUUAUUUGAAUUGUUUACUUCUCUGAUUUCAUCAAUUAGAAACUACUGAUUAUGUGACAACUGAAACAGCUCGCCGCGUUUGAUUCACAGUGUUGCAUUAAAGCCCUUUGAACGGUCCUGUACAGCAGGCCAGCCAGCGUCAGUGACGUGAGACAGCUGUCGUCAUGGAUACG